AUGCGUACACUGUUGAUCCGGUAUAUGGUUGAGAUAUUUGAUCCUAGCAAGGGCAGAUUCAUUGUACAAGACUUGGUUGGCGAAGUGUCUCUCAGUGCCGUGGAUGUUGAGUGCAUCUUGGCCUUGGAGAACCACGGACUGUCGGCAGAAGGUAUUCUCGGUGAGGAAGGUGAGGAUGUUAAAGAUCGAGUGCCGCCUCAAUUCCUGAGCAAGACCACAUGUAACAUAGUCAUCGAUGAUCUGAUUGUGAACAUCACAAAAAAUAAAUCUGCCGACGACGAUUUCCUUCGGAGAGUUGUCCUCGUGUUGCUUGGAACAGUUCUUGCUCCCAUGUCGAGCAAGACUGUACCAAAGCAAUAUUACGCAUUGGUGGACGAUGUGAAGCGUAUAUCCAAGAUUAAUUGGAAUGCAUUCACCCUCCGGGUUCUGCUGGACUGCCUUCGCAACGUGAGGAAAGGCAAACACCUCCGCCAAUGGCCGAGAGGGAACUUAGCUCUCCUGCAGUACCUGUACUGGGAGAAGGUUCAGCCUCUGGAAGGUGAAUGCGCAUUCAAUCCUAGCUUGUCCAUGGAACCUCUAAUGAGGAAUUGGACUGAAGCUGCAGCCUCAAGGAGAGACAAGUUUGAUUAUGACCAAGGCCGUGGCCGUGGUAACAUCAAGAUUGAAGACAACAUAACCAAGGAGUAUAGGGCGCAGGAGCGCAAAGUACCCGAACCAGAAAAGCCAAAAAUGAAGCCCGCCGUUGGUGCGGCAAAGAAGUCCAAGUUAGCCUCAAACGCGGACGAGAUGAUGAACCUCAUCAUGAAGCGGUGUAUGGAUUACAUACGCAGCCAAAUGAAGGAAAUACCAGAACAAGUAGCCGAGAGAUUGUUAGAGAAGUUGAACCAAAAUGGUGUGAUGUACAAGCCAGCGGCUGCUGCGGCUUCCGGCAACAACGAUGCCGACCUAGAAGUGGAUUCCUUUGAGAAUGAGCCGGUGAUUGAUUUGACACAGCCUGACGAGCCUGUUGUAAACCAGAACAACGAUGAUGAGGAAAAAACACCUACCAAGUUAAAUGUUGACAAGACAACGAAGCCUAGUGAUGAGUGCGGCGCAACACCGGAGAACCCUUGGAUUGUAGGUAAUUCUCCUCGAGCAGAAUCGUCCGACAUUGACAUUUCUGCAAGUUCUAUCGACAGGAUGGUGGGUAAGAGCAAGGGGAAAAAGUCUGCAGCAACCGCAAAAGAAGACGAUGUUAUAUCCGGGAAGCGCCGACGGACUGUUCCCAAGAAAUUUGAAUCCCCCUUUAAACUUGACAAGCCCGGCAAGCGAAGCGCUCGCGCUCUGUUUAGUGACAAUGACAUGGAAGGCUCUGUUAAGGACGAUUUGACACCGGAACUCAUCGAUGCUGCUGUUGCGUUUGUGGAGGCAGCUGCUCGGUCUGAGAAGAAUAUGACAAAAAGAGUUUACUACAAUGAACGUGGCACCUCUGUGACUGUGGAGAGUAUACGACCGAUUAUCGAUGCUUAUCAGACACAUUUGGCUCUGCGCGUUGGUCAUGAUCGGCACCUCUGUCCAGCCUGGAGGUCCAAAUACCUUGUUGAUCGUGCUAAGGCACGAGACAACCCUAAACCGUCGAAAUACAACAUGGAUAGUGCGCUGAGCAGAGCUGGAGCAGUACGUAGGGUUCUGGACGAGUAUACCGUCCGUGAUAAGUCGUUUAUCCCGUUGAACGUCGGCAAUACACACUGGAUCACCGUGGUGAUGCACAACCGCAAGAAAGAAUUCCGAGUUUUUGAUUCGCUCUAUCCUCUCGAGUUCUCUCUCGACACUGUGAAAGCACUGCGACUAGCAAUAGCAAUUGAUAUGGAAGAGGCAAACCGUAUUACACCUGGCAAAUAUCCAGACGUCACUAAGUGGCCUAUCAUACCUCAGAUCGACAUGCCACUACAAGAGGACGGGAACUCUUGUGGCCUUUUUGUGAUUGAAGUUAUGGAGCAUUGGGACGGGGAUCGAUGGACCGCCGAUUUUACCCAGGGCACGGUUAAUGCAAGGAGAAGGCGUCUCAUCGCCGAGUUGGUUCUCUCACCUACCAACACGCUCGAAUGUGUGAAGAACAAAAUCCGCGACAUCGCAAAGAAAAGCAAGGCGUGA